AUGAAACUAGAUAUUAAAUCAAAAAAUUAUUUGCAUGUAUUAGAAACAAUAAAAUCUAAAAAUCACAAAGCAAGAUUAGUUGGGGGAGUAGUUCGAGACGCUAUUUUUGGUAUUGAAUCAAAAGAUGUCGAUAUUAUAACCACAAUGUUGCCGGAAGAAAUAACGAGGGUUUUUGAGGAAUUAGGGCAUAAAGUAAUUCCGACCGGAAUCAAACAUGGUACUGUUUCAAUAUUAUAUAACAACGAAUUAUUUGAAAUUACAACUCUAAGAAAAGAUAUAAGUUCGGAUGGCAGACACUCGGAAGUUGAAUUUACCGGGGAUUUUCAUGUUGAUGCACUUAGAAGGGAUUUUACAAUUAACGCUUUGAGUUAUUGCCCUUUCGAAGAAACAGUCUAUGAUUAUUUUAAUGGUAUUGAACACUUAAAAUUGGGAUGUGUAAAAUUUAUAGGUAAUCCAGAGUCACGUAUCCAAGAAGACUAUCUAAGAAUAUUGCGCUUUUUCAGAUUUUAUGGUAAAUUUGGCAAAAUAAUAGACAAAGAUAGUUUGGAUGCGUGUAUAAAAUAUAGGUCAUCUAUAAAAAAAUUAUCGAGAGAACGAAUUAAAUCGGAACUUGAUUCAAUUCUAAAUUUACCAAAUUAUUUCGACGUUAUUAGAUUAAUGAACGAUCAUUCAAUUUUACAAGAAGUUUUUCCAAUUUCGACCAUAGACAUCGAAAAAUUCACAAAGGCUAAUGACAUUGCAAACAUUUUCGGGGUUUUGUUAAAUAUUAAAACUAAAUACGCUUUAUUGUUUGAAUUAAGUGGAAUUAAAAAUUCAUAUUACCUAAAAAAAGCGCAGUGGUAUCAGUUUAAUAAUGAUUGGGGAUGUGGGAUUAAGUUUAAGAUUAAGAUCAAUACUUUGACGGCAUAA